AUCUGUUUGUGUUCGUGAGCAACGUUGUCUGUUUUGAAGAUGUCAGUCGUAAGAGGAGCUAUGAUAACUGCAUCAAAGUCACGAAUAUUGAGCCUUACCAGGACGUCUUCUCUCCUGGGAAACACCAAUGUGAGUGUCCUGAGACCUGUUGAGAAGGCUCAGCCCUCGUAUACGGCGGGGUUUCGCUGCUUCAGCAGCGUCUCCCUGCAGGAGAAGGCGGGGGUGGAUCCUGAGGAGAAAGUUCACCUGACUGAAGCCUGCGUGAAGAGAAUGGCAGAGAUCAUGGAGAGAGGCGAGUACCUGAGAAUACAUGUGGAGGGAGGAGGCUGCUCUGGGUUCCAAUACAAGUUUUCUGUAGAUCGUAACAGAAAUGAAGAUGACAGGGUGUUUGAGCAGGGAGAUGUGGGUGUUAUCUUGGACCAGGACAGUCUGGAGUUUGUGAAAGGAUCCACUGUGGACUUCAGUCAGGAACUGAUCCGCUCCACGUUUCUAAUACUGAAGAACCCUCAGGCUGAUCAUGGCUGCUCCUGUGGCAGCUCCUUCUCUGUUAAACUAUGAUCAGUGGUGGUUACUACUCUGAUUCAGCAGUUUAUUAGACGGACAUGUAGCCUAUUAUAAUCAUAAAAUUAAAUGCUAAGGAUGAUGCAUUCCAAUUACGCCGGCCUAAACAGUUGCUAUGGACUGUCACUACAGGACUGUCUCAGAAAAUUAGAAUAUUGUGGUUUUCUGUAAUGCAAUUACAAAAACAAAAAUGUCAUACAUUCUGGAUUCAUUACAAAUCAACUGAAAUAUUGCAAGCCUUUUAUUAUUUUAAUAUUGCUGAUCAUGGCUUACAGCUUA